GAUUCUCCUUACCAGAGCCAACAAACACAACCAUAUACUAUACAUAAUGAAAGAAUCGUUGAAAGCCGCGCGCAAAAGACUGCUCGGGAACAUUGAACGAAAACUGUGGAAUUUCAUAGUAACUUCCAGCAAGAUCUCUUCAGCAACAGUCACUUGUAGCUGGAAAAAGACAAGCAUGGUAGGCAAUUUGUUGGAGGGAAUGAGAUACCACAUACAAUUCAUGGGUGAGCGUUGCUUUCAAGACAUCGAGUCGCAGUAGUUUAUAACCGGUCUCUGUUGAAGAUUGUGGCUUGGAUUUUGAGGUGUCGCGCGCGUCCCUGAAGUGGCUCUCAGAAGGUAGAAAGGGGGGAAGGAAAUCUCCUUGGAAGAUCUGUAUGGAUUAUUGUGGAUUUGGCGCCAGAAAAAGUGCAUUUAAAAUUGCAGAAAUAGCUAAAGAUUCUGUGACAAGUUCAACAACAACUACUAAAAGUCGUUUACGCAUCAGUCGCAAAAGACAUUCCAGCAAGAGAUCCUCUCGGGUCCAGGGGAAAAUGACCAAAAGUGUACCUGAUUUUUAGUUCAUUUUUCUCCCAUCACUCGUCUCUCCCAUCUUCUGUUGGCAAAGACACAACAAAUACACCAAAAAGGAGGAGAAUAACAAGAAACGAGCUGAGGAGAAAAAGUGAUCAAGUGAAUUCUUUAAAACUUUGCUUCUUUUCAAAAAGAUCACAGUGUUUGUGCCUCCCAGAAAAAAAAAACACCAACAAUUGAAACACCUUCAACAGUUUGUGAUUUUUUUUUAUACUGUGAAAAUAAAAACUCCCCCAGAAAAAAGAUCAUCAGUGAAUUGUAACAAUGGUUUAUUAAAUGGAGAUCAACUGAUCAUCACCUGGAAUGUGUGAUCUUCACCGCUGUAAUUGAAGACUUUUCUAGGAUUAGAAAGAGAGAUAUCCCCUGAGAGCUCUGCAGCUCGUAUUUUUCCCCAUCCUCCUGUGACAGAAGAUGGUAGUUGCAUCGGCGGGUGACCGCCUCCGGGAGAUAUGCUGAAGCACAUGCCGCCAGGCGCGGGACAAUCGCGAGCUGCGCGUGGUAACAUCACCAGCAGUCGCCCACCACAGCCACUCAAUGUGAGCGCUCUGUCAACUACAGGACCCGGGCCACCCAAGCUUCUUGCCAAUGGAGGACCCCCACGGAUGUCCUCUAUGAUCAACACCACACCCCUGACAUCCGUUUCCUCCACCAACAAUCUCCUCACCAACAAUCGCGAUCGCAUCGGAGCGAGAGAAGCUCUUACAAGCCUAGGUUUACUUUGUCUCGUUUCUUUGCUCCUUGCACUACUCUCGCUGAUUUUCUUGCUGAAAAUCUCCCCGGGAGGCCGAGAUCCACUGCCACCGCCUGGACCCACAGCCCCAGAGGACUAUGCCAUUGUCUAUGAUGUCACUCUGGCUCUCUGUGCACUCUCCUUAUCCCUCAAUCUCUGCUGCCUUCUCGUCUGUGCCAUCCAGUUUCUCUUUGCUGUGAAGUUGGUACGAGCCCCAGCCACAGUAUCAGGACGUGGCAACAAAUACCUUCAAAAGUCCAGCGUCAGCAGAGUUUGUGCCGUUGGAGGAUUUUUCAUAUCUAUUCCCAUAUUUUUAACAGGGAUCAUCUUGUACACUUUUACACAAUUCCACUCGACUCCUGCAAUCGUGACGAGCAUCCUAAUAGGAGUGGGAAUUGUCUUCUGCGGCGGUGCCAUGGUGCAUAAUGUGUUUGUGUGGCAAAAGGAGAAGACCAUCUGCGUGAGACAGGCACCACUGAAUCUCAAUCUUACCCUCUCACCACCCAUCAGUGCAAUCACGCCGCCGAUGCAGUUUCUCAAUCAUAGCCAUCAGACACCCGUGAGCAAUGGCAAUCACAUCCACCUCAACCACAGCAAUCACACUCCACUUACACAUACAUCCCAAAUCAGCCAGGUAACUCCUUUGACGCCAGUGACGCUCAAUCAGUCCCACCUGUCAAGCUUCAAUCACUCCUUCCUGCCAUCAUAUGGGCUCAGGGCUGCUACAGCUACUCCACCCACACCUAAAGUUAGUGCAACUGCUGCCCUCCUGGGUGGUCGAGAUGCCAGUGGCUCCGUGAGUCCUGGUAUGCCCACCGGAAAUCUCGAUUUGAGCACUGUCACAUCAGCUAAUUCUCCACAUGAACUUUCUACGCUAGUCUGAGAAUUAGAUUCCUCAGACAUCGAAAGAUUCAGCCAGAGAAAAAAGUAAAACGCAUUCAGUGAAUUUUCUCAAGAAAAAUAGGACCUUUUUAUUCGCGCGCCUUUUCAAUGUGUACAAAAAUGUGUGUAUAAAUGUGUUUUUUUUGUAUAGAUUUUCUUUAAAAGCAAAAACAUAAAAAGAACAAAUAGGAAGUUUAUGAGACAUUUAGCUCCUAAAAGAAGUGGAAAAUAGCAAAACAGGAAGCAAAACACUGAACAUUACUUUUCACUGUAUUGUAGGUAAUUUAUUAUUUGAAAUUAGUAUUAAUCAAUUGUAUUCAUUUUUUCGAAAGAAAAACGGUCUCAAACUGAA